CAUUUUGGUAACUCAUUCAUCACAGGGUCCAAUACUGUCCUUUUUUAACAUUUUGGUAACUCAUUCAACAUUUGGUAACUCAUUCAUCACUCAUUGCAUUACUCGACUUUAAAAAAGAAAUGCUGCGCUAACGUAACUGCGCUGGGAGCCCCGACACCACGUGAAAUUCUGCAUUAGCAUCCAGGAUAACUUAGGUCCAUGCAGCUGCAUUCGAAGACCUUGAACAAGCCGGGUGAGAGGGGCUAGGGCCAAGGUCAUUACACCGCUUUCCGAGGUCCAUCAGAGGGAACGUCAGCGAGUGAGGUGGCAUCAGGGCUAGAAGUCCAGGCUUCUGGCCCCUUUUUUGGGAAUGAGGUCUUGAAGGCCCAGGUUAGACAGAGUGCCGGGGGGACUACCCCCAUUCACCCCACCUGCCAUGAGAACGGCACUGCCCAGGCUGGACGGGAGGGGGAUGGGCAAGGACUCGGUGCCGGGACCUCUGCUCUGCUGCCCUUGGUCAACGCCUUCUCCCCCCACACCGGCCUACAGGAGGAUGGUAUUCUGGGGCAGCUCAGCUACAGCACGGAGGACCUCAGCAUGGACUUGGGGGCCCUGCAGGGCAGCAAGUAUCUCCAGGACCUGGGCCUUGGGGCCUUUUCCGACAGCCAGCCUGGGGGAGCCGGCGACAGCGGCGCCCCCAGCGAAGAGGCCGGAGGAGAAUCGACCUUCUGCAGCUCAGCAGAGACCCAGGGCCUGCCUCGGAGACGCAGCUGGGAGAGGUCGCGGAGCUGCUCUGGGAGCUGGCAGAGCAGGCUCAGCCUCGAGGCCUCGGCUGUGAAGGAGGGGCCCUGUCUCCCUCGGACACUGGCCAGCCUUGCUCUGAACCUACCCGGAGAGGAUCUGCAGGCCUGGACCCAGGAGUGUCUGUCUGGGGGUGGGACCCCAGCAGAGCACCCAGGGAAGGAAUGUGACAGCCCUGAGAAAAGAGUAAGGUCACGGUCCGUUCCCGUGUCCUUCGAUGAGAUCAGCUCCCUGGAAAUCUCUCCCACUUUGGAGGUGCCCACUCCAGCUGUUCAAGGCAUGGAGCCCCCAGUGCUGGAGUGCAUGGAAAAGGACCACGUGGAGCCAGACCAUGUGCUGAUUGUCCAGCAGGCGCUUCAAGAACUUCGGCAGUGCCAUGGGGCUCAGCAGAGGUCUCGCUUGUCAACCAGCCCCGGAGGAGCCCACGCAAACCUCACCUGGUUUGAGUUCCUGUCUGAGUAAGUCUGCAGAGCCUACCACAGGGGGGACCUUUGGGCUGGGGCCUGCACUGGAUCUGUACAUGCUUUCCAGUGGCCCUCUGUGCAGGACCCUAAGCGGGGGGCAGGAGGUGGAGCCCCCAUACUCUCCCUGGACCUGCCAAGGCAACGGUGGUGGUGGGGCCUGGGGAGGCUCCUCAUUCACCCUGGGAGGGCAGAGGAAGACUUCCUGGAGGAGGUGACAGCUUGAGCUGGUCUCCAAUGGAAGAGUAGGAGUUCACCAAC